GAGUGCACCCCUCUCUCUCGUUCCGGUGAACCACUGCAGUUAAACUCUGGAUUUUGAUGUCUUAUUUCUGUAAAGUAUUAUCAUGAAUGGUAAUAAUUCAUCUACCAUUCAGUAUUGUUCGGAAAAUGCUAUCAAUACAGCGGAGUACAGGAAUUGGAUAAAAACGACCCAGAUCUGGGUGUGGACGCUAACUGGUGUCGGUAGUUUGGGGAAUCUGUUUACCAUCGUGGUCAUCCUGCAUCAGCUGUGCAUAGGAUUCGUGCAGAAGAGGCGUCCUGGGACUUACCGACAGUGGAAUGGCAACACUUCACGUGUUGAGAGGCCUGUCCUCCCCUUCGAGGGCCACACCCUUCUCCUGCUUCACCUAUGCUUCUGCGACCUCCUGUACUCUGCCGUGAACCUUCCGCUGACUGCCACGGCCUACGGGUAUGCCCUAGACGGUGCCACGCAGGAACUCGAAGGCCUGUGCCCGGUCGCUGCCUUCCUGAGGUACACCAACGCCCUGGCGGAGUGGCUGACGCUCGGGCUCUUGGCGUUCCAGCGGUGCGUGGACCUCAGCCGCUGGAAGAGCGCGAGGUUCUUCCAGCCCGCAGCCACGGGGGCCCUCAUCGCCGGCAUCUGGGUAGUCAGCGUCGCCCUCCAGCUCGUGCCCUUCGCUAAGGACAACAGCUACGGCUACUGUAGAAGGAACCUCAGAUGUGACAUAACAGACGACAAGCUGAGGACCAUAUUCUUCACUCUCCAGUCUUUCGUGCCUCUUCUCUUGAUGGUCACUGGAUAUUUAGGGAUUCUGAGGCACCUGCUGAGGAAACGCAAGGAAAUGGAAGUCGCCAUGAUCGGCCCCGAACUGUCCAGGAGGCGGCUUGUGAAGUCCAGCGCCCUCGUCCUAACACUCUUGGUGUUGUUCCUCGUCUGCGUCAUCCCGAUCUGCAUUCACAACGUGUUCCUGGGCAACGCAAAUGACACUAUCCGCAUUCAUAGUGGCUUCGUUUUGUACAUGAUCUACUGGCUCCAAUACGCGGUCAAUUUCAUCCUGUACACUGCCAUGAGUUCCAAUUUCAGGAGUGCCUAUCGCCGUUUCUUCGGCCUCUUUUUCCCCACCUGCCGUAGGGAAUCGAGUAAUGUUUAUAAUGUGUUUAUAACGCAAAGGUGUAGUAACGAUACUUUCGUAGAAAAGCAGGAAAGGGAUUCCAGGGAGACACAUACAAGGUACUGAAUCUUGCAUAUUCUUUGAUAAACAUUUACGAAUUUAUACCGAAUAAAGGAAUAGGUAAAUAAGACAAAAAAACAACAACAACAACAACAAAAAAGGAUUCCCUGUAUUAUAUUUCAGCUAAACACUUAACAAAGGUAUCAAAAAUGGAAUUAUUAGAAAGGAUAUGCAGCUGCGUUGUUAUGUUUUUUUAGGAAGUAUACUUAAAUAAGAUAUAAAGCACUAACCUGUCCCUUAGAUCUUAAAGAGAUGUAUUUUGUGCCAUAAGUAGAGUCUGUCCUUUUUCACGUCGGUGGUACGUGAUAAUUAGACCCGGAUACAAACACACACUGAAUAUAUAUACAUGUA